CGGAACGAGCCGGCUCCUCCUCCGGUGCGCGGACUCCUCGCGGGCGUUCUACGACGAAUGCUCGCGAGAGGGCGCCGUGAUACCGGCCCCGAGGGCUCCAGGGCUCGCCGCCCCACGUCCCGUCGAAGGCCGGGACGCCCCGGCGAGGACUUGAGUGGAUAAAAGCACCCGGCAACCUUGCCUCCUGGGCCAGCUCACACCUAGGAUGCUCAGGGAUGCUGCUCCGUGCGCUGGCACGCCGAGGGUUGGGGGACGGGGUGCUCUGCACCCCGUUAUCUGGGGUGCCCCAGUGAGGGGCGUGGGAGGACGCAGGAACACAUCCUAGGAGCGCGCGGGACGCCUUCCCAGCGGGAUCUGGACUUUGGUUCUGGGAGGGCCAGGAGCGCCUCUGUACACGGAGGGCUGGGGAUCGGGGCACCCUCAUCGGGGUAGGGUGCGAGGAAUCGGGUCGCUAGUACACCGACGUGACCAGGAACGCAGGGACACGCUCCCAAGUCGGUUGGGGACUCCUCCACGUCAGCCCUCCGCCCUCGCGCGCGCCCCCGCCGGACCCGAGGCGUCCCGGCGACCGCGCUGACAGCUCCUCCAAAGAAGGGCUCGCACGGGCUCGCACUGGCUCGCGACACCCUCACCCGCUCCGGAACCAACGUGCAGAGGUUACCGUGUGGGGACGUGGCGCGGAGACGGACCCGCGCCGGAAGUGAGGCACUCAACACCCGCGGCCGCCGCUAUGGCGCACAUCACCAUUAACCAGUACCUACAGCAGGUAUAUGAAGCCAUUGACACCAGAGAUGGAGCGUCCUGUGCAGAGCUGGUAUCCUUCAAGCACCCUCAUGUUGCGAACCCACGGCUCCAGAUGGCUUCUCCAGAAGAGAAAUGCCAGCAAGUUCUGGAGCCCCCUUAUGAUGAAAUGUUCGCAGCUCAUUUAAGGUGUACCUAUGCUGUGGGGAAUCAUGACUUCAUAGAAGCGUACAAGUGCCAGACGGUGAUAGUCCAAUCAUUCCUUCGGGCAUUCCAGGCUCACAAAGAAGAAAACUGGGCUCUGCCUGUCAUGUAUGCAGUAGCUCUUGACCUUCGGAUAUUUGCCAAUAAUGCAGACCAGCAGUUGGUAAAGAAAGGAAAGAGCAAAGUUGGAGACAUGCUGGAAAAAGCUGCCGAGCUGCUGAUGAGCUGCUUCCGAGUCUGUGCCAGUGACACCCGUGCCGGCAUAGAAGACUCUAAGAAGUGGGGGAUGCUGUUCCUGGUGAACCAGCUAUUUAAAAUCUACUUUAAGAUCAACAAACUCCAUUUGUGUAAACCUCUUAUCAGAGCCAUUGAUAGCUCGAAUCUGAAAGACGACUAUAGCACUGCACAGAGGAUCACGUACAAGUACUACGUGGGGCGCAAGGCCAUGUUCGACAGUGACUUCAAGCAAGCGGAGGAGUACCUGUCAUUUGCCUUUGAACACUGCCAUCGCUCCAGCCAGAAGAACAAGAGGAUGAUUCUGAUCUACCUGCUGCCAGUGAAGAUGCUGCUGGGUCACAUGCCGACCAUCGAGCUCCUGAGGAAAUACCACCUGAUGCAGUUUUCAGAAGUGACCAAAGCCGUCAGUGAGGGCAAUCUGUUGCUGCUCAAUGAGGCGCUGGCAAAACACGAGACGUUCUUCAUCCGCUGUGGCAUCUUCCUCAUCCUGGAGAAGCUGAAGAUCAUCACGUACAGGAACCUCUUCAAGAAAGUGUAUUUGUUACUCAAGACACAUCAGCUGUCUCUAGACGCCUUUCUGGUUGCUUUGAAGUUCAUGCACGUGGAAGAUGUGGACAUUGACGAGGUCCAGUGCAUUCUGGCCAACUUGAUAUACAUGGGUCACAUUAAAGGCUACAUCUCCCAUCAGCAUCAGAAGCUGGUCGUCAGCAAGCAAAACCCUUUCCCUCCGCUGUCCACAGUGUGCUGAUGCCCAGGCCCUGCUGACAGAGCGCUCCCGCUCCUGCUGCCCGCUGGAGGUCACCUCUCCUGGUGCAGUCGCCAGCACCUGAGGGACUCAUCGUGGUCUCCAGUGUCCUAUCUCAUGCCAGCCUUGCCAAGACCUGGAGUUCUUUUUCAAGAUGGACCAGCACCCUGCUGCUGGCCUGUGGUGCUUGCGAGCUUCCGGGAAGGAGACAGCUGGGCUUCAGUUUAUGUUUAUGGAGGCUGCCUUUGUGACAUUUUGUAGGGCUUCCUUCCUCCCUCCCUCCCUUCCUCCUUCCCUGUCUCCCUCCCUCUCUCCCUCCUUCCCUCCCUCCCCCCCUCUCCCGUUGGUCCUUCUUUCCUUCCUUCCUUCCUUAAAAAGGUAACCCAAGUUUAUACAAGUGGAGCAAGUUCUUUACUGUCUGUUAUAUAACGCAUCUGUUUUCAUAUGCAAAAUGUCAGCAUUGUGAGCUCAGAAUGCUGGAUUAACUUGAGGCUUCUCUUUAAAAGUAGAAUUUAGGGGGUGGAGAGAUGGCUGGUUCAGGCAAGAACAGCUACUGCCAGAGGAUGUGUUUGAUUCCUAGCACCCACAUGGCAGCUCAUAGCCAUCUAACUCCAGUUCUAGGGGACCCAUUGCCUUUGUUGGCCUCCACGGGCUCCUGCACACGUGUAUAAAAGCUCACUCGGCAAACAGGCAUACAUACAUACAUACAUAAAUAAAUACAUCUUUUUUAAAGAAAAGCAGGAGUUAGUCUGAUGUAAAUUCCAACGGUUGUAAAGGUUGAUCUGGACUAAGACAAGGCCUGGCUGUUGUGCUCUGGUUAUGGCCCCUUCUGAGCCUGUCCUCUGCCUUUCUUCUGUUUCCUACAGCCACUGUCCUGUCGGGCCCUCACCCUGCAGCUGCAUCCAGCUCAACCCCUUCCAGAGACCCUUCCUGUAGACAGUUAGCCCGGGUGGGGCUUCAGCAGAAGUUCUAGGCAAGUGCAUUGCGC